AUGGAAGAGCGAAAAAUGGUGUUACAAGCCAAAAACAUAUACCGCACAUUCCAGCUACCUAACACCACACUCAUUUACACAAUGCUGAGACAAGUCAUUACAACCCGCGACACUCAUUUCAAAAAAUUACAAAAAAGAAACGAGAUCUGGCAAUCUCUACCACUCCCGCCAGCAAACUCAAGAACCCUUCCCACAUUCAUUACGAAAAAUUGCUGCGAGAAGCAAUUAAUAAGCAUGUGCAGAUCAAAUAUAGCAAAUGAUCCCAUUAUGUAUCUACCUAUGCAUAAUUUCGAAAGAAGCAGAAUAAUCAGAUGGAGAAUGGGAUGGCUACCCGGACGACCAACAACAUGUAAAAACUGCGACACAACAUUAAACAAUAACACCACUAGAAAUCAUUUAACUCAAUGUCUAAAGUUACAUCAAAUAUUACAAGUACCGAUAAUCGUCACAUCACCUAUCGACUACAUCUUGAACCAACUACCAACAAAACAAAUCAGCAACAGAAUAAAGCAAAAUUACUUUAUUCAAAAAUGGAUACAACUCACAAAAAUAUUUAACAAAAUAGAAACACUUUGCCACACAACAGAAGACGAAAUGAAUCCAGACCCUGAGGAUAUCUCCCCGCUUAUUCAUUGGCUAAAACCACCAACCGCAAAUUAA